CCGGCCUCCGCCCCUGUGGGUCAGUCGCCCGGCCCGCCCGGCCAGCCGGGGGCGGCCGCGCGCUCCGCUUUUCUUUUCAUACGGCUUCUGGGGCUGUUUGUGCGCGCGCCUGUUGGGGCGUGGGCCCGCCCGGCGCCGGCUCGGUGGACACCCACGGGCAGCGUUGGGGCAUGCAUGGGUGGCCGAAACUGCAAUUGGAUUUCUCUUCUCUGACAUUGGAAUCGUUGUGGCGCCCUCCCUUCUGUCGGUGUUCGUUCUCCUGCAUUCAGCGGCGUGCAAGUUCUUACUCAAGAUGUUUGGUCGGGUUGUGAGGUUGCGCGGCUGA